AUGUAAUAAUAGUUAAAACUUGACAAACAUGAAGAAUUCAUCAAAAUGGUCCUAUACAAAUAGCAACUCCCAAUUAAAAUGGAAUCUUUAAAGGCUUUAUUUUUAUAUUGUUGUGUGACAGUGUUAAAAUUAUUGAAAUCUGAAUAUGAUAAAUAAUCUAUAGUUGAUUACUUGAAAGCAUUUGAAGUACAACCAAAUCAAUACAGAGCCUCAAAAUUUGAUGAUUCAGAACCUUCAAUUGUAAAUUCUUAUUGUGCAAUUUCUGUAUUGAAACAGAUCUCUCCAAACAUGGAAAUAAAUAAAGAAUAAGCUUUAAAUUUUGUUCGAUAACUUAUUUAGGAAGAUGGCAAUAUUCGUUCAUCAAAAUCUUCAAAUGAUGCAGACUUAAGAAUGGUCUUCAGUGCAUUAUCAUAUUUAGAUAUGUUGGAUAUAGAUACAAGCGAAUUUUAGUAAAUUGUCGGGUAAUUCAUUUUGACUUGUUAAAAUUAAGAUGGAGCUUUUGGUUUAUAACCAUCUUAAGAAUCUCAUUGUGGUGCAACCUACUGCGCUGUUGCUAGUUUAACAAUAUUAAAAAUAGAUAUACCAUUAAAAAGUAGUUUAAUAGAAUGGUUAGUAUUUAGAUAAUGUAAAAUGACUGGAGGUAUAGCUGGAAGAGUUAAUAAAGUUCCUGAUUCUUGUUAUUCAUUUUGGAAUGGAUGGACUUUAAAAUUGUUAGGUUUAGAUUUAUUAGAUAAAGAACGAUUAAUAGAAUUUUUAGAGCAUUGUUAAUCUAAUUAUGGGGGUUUUAGCAAAUAUCCAUAAAACAAUCCUGAUCCAGUACAUACUUUACAUUCAUUAUUAGGAAUUCUUGAUAAUGAAAACUAUGAUUAUGUACAUGCCAUUAUAUUGAAUUGA